GUAUGAUGACUGCUGUGUCAAUGUAGCGGAAAAAAAAAGAGUAACGUUGUAAUCACGGUUCGUUCGCCUCGAUAUCGCUACCGGUUUUUUUGUUUUUUUUUCUUUGUAAAAAAGUUUAGCGAUAAUUUCCGCGAGAUCAGUUUUACGUCACUGUAAGGUGUUAUUGAGAACAAUUAAAUUUGUAUGUGAGUGUUGUCGGCUACAGGCGAAGUGAGUCUUGCAAUUAUUAACAGAUAUAGCGAUGAUCUGUUCGGUUGAUGAAACGUCUUUAUUGCUGCGUCGCGAUGAAUCAGCGAGAUGAUUCCAUGUGCACGAUGAAUAAAACUGUACUAGUGAAACGUAUAUAAUUAAAUCGAAAGUUAAUUCAGAAUAUUAUCGGCGAAACCGGACUUUUUAUUCGCGCUUUCGAAUUUUACGCGCCUGUAGAUAGGCGAGAAAAUUCCGAUGCUUUAUCAAUGGCAUUUAGAAUAGCCAGAAUGAUUAAUCGUGAAUGACAUGCCGUCCACGAGACGAGCACAGUGCACCGAGGACUGCAGGUGUAUACUGUGUCGCGAGUUGAAGGGCUACAAAAUGAGCGCGAACGCCAUCGAGAUUCAGCAGCAGAUCGGCAACGAGUGUGCUAACUUUAUCCUGCGACGUGCCAUGCCCUUUUCGUCGAAGGCCCCCAUGUUUCGAGGGGAACGGCAGGAAGUCGUUACGAAGUGCGACGAUUACGAGAGGAGCUCGACCUUGGAGGAUCGAAGUCGCCGUUGCGGCGGCGAUCAGGUCGUAAACGACAGUCGUGACUCGAAGAUGGGGAAGGACGUCGGUCACAAGACGGUCAUCUAUUUCGGCGAUUCAAAUCCGAGACGAAGGGAAGAUAGAGCGAGACAGCAACCAUCGCCGGAAGCGACGUCGAGAUGCAAGAAUGAGGAUCCCGAGGCUUCGCCGUUGCGACCGCGUAACGACGAGAUUCUCGGCGACUCGAUGGACCAGGAUGAUGAGAAGGGCGAUGCCGGACGACGAGAUUCCGCGAUGGAGAACGGCGAUCCCAAGGCCGUGCACGAGAUCGUGGUGAACAUCAGCCCUAGCAGGGAAGACGUGCUGAGGAUAGAGGAGGACGAGAGCCAGCUGGAGGACUAUUGGUCCUUGCCGGGGGACACGAGCGGGUUCAAGGCGGACUGGAGCUUCGUGCAGCAGUGGCGGCUGAGAGGGCCAGGUGGUAGCAAUAGCCGUGAGAUAUUUGGUCCCCCUUAUUCUAAGGAUUUUACCGAGAAUUCACCUAAAAACGGAGUUCACGAUAUGGUCCAUAUGAUACCGGAAAGGGAUACGGAUAGCGUGGCACCGACACCGACCCCGCAACAACACCCACGUUACUUUCAACACCAUCAUCUCAGUUUACACGAGCUCCGUGCACUUCAGAGGCGGCCAGAAUGUACCGGUAACAUGUCGGAUACCGGCGGCCACACGAGCAGCAGCUCGCCGCCGCAUCGUCACCACAAGACUCACAGUCCUCAGCAACUGAACGCUGUACCCGAGGACGAUCGACUCUCGGCGUCGGUUACUCAAAGGAACGGCAAAAGAUCCGGCCAAAAUCGUAAUCGGCAUAGAGCUACUCCUGCUAAGCUGCAGGUACCAUGGUCGGGUUCCGGUUUAGAGGACAUAAAGCUGGCGAUCCAACAACUGACAAUGCGCUCGCACAAGUCUUCGUCGACGUAUUCAUCGUUGAGCGGCUCGGAAAGCUCGGAGCCGGCGGUGAGAAGGCUAAUGCGACACUCCAGUCUGGAAACAAUCAACACCAACGUGACCAGCGCCGACGAAUUCGUCUGGGUGGACUCUCACAAUCGUUUGGUGGAAUUGCAGCAGUUACCGUGGACCCAUCACGACGUGCUGCGCGUGCUUCAGAAUGGUCGCACGAGGGAGCACAUGGAGCAGGUUUCGAUGGAGACUAUCCCACGGCUCUCCUAUCUAUUGCAACGCGCCCUAGUCAGGAUCGGUCGUGAGACUCAGAGACUGGCAAAGCCCAUAGGUCUUUGCAGCAAGCACGAGGUGUACAGCGCCUUCAAGAUCGUGCUCUGUCCAGCUCUAGCGGAUUCCUGUACCAAGGCUUGCCUUCGAGCCGCUGCGAUGUUCGCUGUAUCCGGCGAUCAGCUAAAACAAUCGAAGGCUUCCCGUUCGGGGUUACAAUUGCCCGUCGGACGUUUCUUACGCUGGAUGUCCGAUGUAAAACUCGGUCGGAUGAUUCACGAAUACGCCGCAAUAUACCUCACGGCCGGAAUUGAGAAUCUUCUGGAAGAGAUACUGUUGCAAUGUGUGCCGACUGAACCGCAUACGACACUCACGGCGACGAUGCUGGAGCACGCUAUAGCCAACAGCGGCGACUUAUGGGGCCUGUUGCAGCCGUACGCGCAUCUGAACGCUGGUCGAACGGCAUCAGGCGCUCUCGCGAUGCCUCGCUGGGCAAGCGUAAGUUCCUUGAACUCAUCAUCGUCGUCGCGCAGCGGGCGAGACGUAGUCCAGUCGGCCUUGGAACCAUCGCUGCUUACGACAUGUGUGGGCUCGAUGUCGGAAUUGGUUGAUUUGAUUUCCAAGGUAGCACAGGCGGGACAUUGCUCUAUACCGCUAACAACAAGAGCGUUACACGCCUUGUUUUAUUACAUGAGAUGCUCACAGCUCGAACAUGGUGAACGUGGAUCUGGAAUACAAGAAUUGGCGUAUGAACGAGCCUAUGUGGUGUUGCCACCGUUAGUGGAAUGGCUGCGGGUAGCUGCAGCGCACGCGGAGCAUAGACACGGUCUCGUUGUAGACCAAGAUGACAUCAAUCAAGCUGCCCGGUUACUGUUGCCCGGCGUGGACUGUCCCGUUCGACCGAUAAGCUCUGAGGAGAUUGCAGUGUGCUCGAAGCGCGUCGACGACGCGGAAUAUGUCCGGCUGUUGACGUUAGACAUGGCCUUCAAGAUGUUGAUCAGCGGUCGAACGGAUCUCAUAGCCCAGGCGAUGCCACUGUUGCCUUCGACGAAGAUCAAUACAGUAAACGACGCCGGAUUCACAGCUUUGAUGCUAGCGUGUAUCAACGGUGACGAAGCAGCUACGACGGCCCUGCUGGAUGCCGGGGCGGAUUUAAAUAUCGAGAGCCCGUCGGCGGCGACGCAUUCGUCAGUGAAUACGCCUUCCAAGAUGCCGCAAACUUCUUCCUCCGGUGCACUAAAUGCUAGAAGUCCGAUCAAUCAAUCGAUGAUGAUGACGCCGACUGGUAAAACAAUGUCGAACACGAAUGUAACGACCGCUAAUAGCCCGGGUAAUCCCAAUGGAGUUUCCCCGGGCAGCGUGUGCUACGCGCAAACUGCUUUCAAUGCAGAAACGCAACAUUGGACAGCUCUAACUUACGUGGCUCUGUUGGGUCACUGUAACAUCGCGAGAAUAUUGCUGGAGAGAGGUGCCGCAGUGGAGGGCGGCGCGAAACUCAGCGAGGACAAAUGCACGGUCACACCUCUGCAGGCAGCCACAGCAUCGGGAAACAACGAGAUGGUAGCUCUACUUUUAGCGCACGGUGCGCAACCAUUCCUGUCCACUCUGAUCAAAGAUUCGUUCUCCUACUCGGGUUCAGCGCAACGUGGUUGUUACAGCGCAAUAUCAGUGGCAACAGCGCAUGGCCAAAGAAGCUGUCUUCAUCAAUUGUUGUCACAUCCACUCAACUUCUCAGCCAAACGUGGGGAGAAGGAGAUAUUAUCUUUGGAAGAGAUAUUAGCGGAAGGUAAUGCCAGCACUAAUUCUCAACAGCAAAUUGCUGAAGGGAGGGGAGCUCGCAGAGAAGGCAAAGAACCAGUAUUUAAUAAGAUACAAACAAAGGCACUGCAGGAAGCGAUGUAUCAUAGUGCGGAAAGCAAUCAUUUAGAUAUCACCAUGGAACUUCGUGGGCUAAAAGUAACCUGGACAUUGCAUUGCUGGAUGCAUAGUCUCGCGACGGCUCACGAAAUGCGACUGGAUUCGGUUAUAGAUCAACUACUUCAAGACUUUCUUCAAGUCUGCCCGGAUGAUUAUUCUACACAAUUCGUUCAGGAAUGUCUGCCGCUUUUAUUCAAUAUCUUUAGAUAUAGCAAGAAGGAAGGCACAACGCUCUUGCUCGCUGAUAUAUUUUGCACAUGCUUUGGCUGGGAGCCGAUCAAGCCAAUUAGAGAUACCACUCUGUCGAGCGGAUCGAGAAUCGAUCCAAAGUUUGUGAAUAAUCCCGAGUUAAGUGACGUACAAUUUAGAGUUGAAGGUCGCGUUUUCUACGGUCAUAAAAUUGUAUUGGUUACGUCUUCCCCGAGAUUCAGAAAUAUGUUAAGCUCAAAAUUAUGCGAAGGCAAUCCUCCUAUUGUGCAGAUCAACGAUAUAAGAUAUCACAUAUUCCAGAUGGUCAUGGAAUUUCUUUAUCAUGGCGGUUGCGCUACUUUAGAAGUUAAUCAAAGCGAUGUCCUAGAAUUAAUGGCGGCGGCCAAUUUCUUUCAACUCGAUGGCUUGCUCAGAUACUGUGAAGCACAGUGUUCCACAAUGGUGGAUCUUGACAAUAUUGUUUCUAUGUAUAUUCACGCAAAGGUAUAUAACGCAGCACAACUCUUGGAAUACUGUCAAGGAUUUCUAUUACAAAAUAUGAUGGCCCUUCUGACGUACGACGAUUCAGUUAAGCGUUUGUUGUUCGCAAAAAAGUUACCGAAUCACGAUGUUCUCGCGGGCCUGUUGCUCACACUGCAGUCGCGGAUAAAGGUCAGACGAUCUCAACAACAAAAUAAGAUAAAAGCUUAGAUUGUUCCUGCAGUUGGAAAUAAGUAAGUAUAUAAUUGGAAAUAAGCAUAAAACGAGUGCGCACAAUUUAAGUCUCUUAAUUUCAAGUUGCAAGGGAUAAUAUGUCAAAGUAAAAAAAAAAAAAAAGAAAGAAAAACUAUAUAUGAUUUGU